CUUCUUACUGAUGUAUUUAUAAUUAAUGGUAACAAACGUCUGGCCACCACCACACUUGGUGCCACUGAACUUGAUGCCACCACUGUCGAUAACAUUGUCUAUCUUUAUCUGUUGUAUCUGUAGUUUGAUGAAGGAUAGAGUUAUAACGUCAUUUAAAGUUGAAAAUAUUUGGCCACUGGUUGUAAUCCAAAAUAUUUUGGUGAUGCAUUAUAUGCAGGCAGUAGCAAAAAUUAUUUUUAAGAGCAGAAAAUGAAAAAUAUCAGAGAUGGAUGGGAUUCAGAUACCAGAGAGAUAGAGGUAGCAAAUAACAAUCCAGGAUGUCAAGGAAGAUAGAGAUAACAACCAACGAGAAGACAUACUUCAUAGAGGCACUUAAGAAUGGGAUUCGAUUGAAUGGAAGACAGUUCAAUGAAAUGAGAACCCCCAGUAAUAUCUUUUUAAGUAAGGAUGAAUAUGGAUAUAUUGAAUUAGAAUGGGGGUUAACUAAAAUCAGUUGUCGUGUAUCUAGUUUCAUUAGGAAACCAUUUGAAGAUCGACCAUUUGAAGGGAUAUUCAAUAUUAAUUGUGAGAUCAACUCUAUGGCUCUGAAACAAUUUGAAAAUGGAAAGAAUUCAGAUGAAGAAGUACUUAUAAGUCGAAUUAUUGAAAAAUCAAUCCGUCGAUCUAAUUCCCUUGAUUUAGAAAGUUUAUGUAUUAUAAGUGGAGAGAAAGUAUGGUCGAUUACGGUUGAUUUAAAUUUUUUAAAUUUUGAUGGGAAUUUCAUUGAUAUUGGAUGUUUUGGAGUUAUGUUAGCAUUAUCUCAUUUUAAAAAGCCAGAUAUAACCAUCAUUAAUGGGGGUAAAGAUAUAAUCAUUCAUGAUAUUAAUGAACGAGAACCUCAACCCUUAAGUAUCUUACAUAUUCCAAUCUGUUUAACUUAUUCAUUUUAUAAUACAAGUCAAAAUGUGGAAGAAAACAUUAAGGGAGAAAGUGAUGAAGAUGCGAUUUAUUUAUUAGAUUGUGAUUAUAAAGAAGAUUUAUUAAAGGAUGGAUCAAUUAUUAUAACGUUGAAUAAAAAUAGAGAGAUUAUACAAUUAAGUAAGAAUGGAGGUAUACCGAUUGAUGUGAAUAUAUUAUUGGAUUUAUCUUUAAAUUCAAUUAAAUUUGUUAAUGAAUUAACUGAUUUAAUUAAAACUUUAAUUAAAGAUCAUGAACAACAAAGAUUUACUGAAUUAAAUUUAAAAUUAUUACAAGUUGGAGCUGAUCGUUAAAAUGAGUGUAUUAUAUUAAGAUUAUUAAAGUUGUAUGUAUGUAUAAAAUAUAAAGUAAACGAAAGACAUCAUCAAAUAAAUAAAUAAAAAUAAA